CACUCAAACCAUCUCCACUCACACACACCACAAGCCUCACUCUUUGGAGAACACACAGAGCCUUAGUGAAGAAUGGCGUCCACCACGAUGGCACUCUCCUCCUCGACCUUCGCCGGAAAGGCGGUGAAGGACCUGCCUUCCUCGCCACUCUUUGGCGAGGCCCGGGUCACCAUGCGCAAGACCUCCCCCAAGGCCAAGCCUGUGUCAUCGGGCAGCCCGUGGUACGGCUCCGACCGGGUGCUCUACCUCGGUCCACUCUCCGGCGAGCCACCGAGCUAUCUCACCGGCGAGUUCCCGGGCGACUAUGGGUGGGACACUGCGGGGCUCUCCGCCGACCCCGAGACAUUCGCCAAGAACCGGGAGCUCGAGGUGAUCCACUCCCGGUGGGCCAUGCUCGGUGCGCUUGGCUGCGUCUUCCCUGAGCUCCUCGCUCGCAACGGCGUCAAGUUCGGCGAGGCUGUUUGGUUCAAGGCCGGCUCCCAGAUCUUCAGCGAGGGAGGCCUUGACUACCUCGGCAACCCGAGCCUGGUGCACGCACAGAGCAUCCUCGCCAUCUGGGCCGUUCAGGUCGUGCUCAUGGGCGCCGUUGAGGGGUACCGCAUUGCGGGAGGCCCACUCGGGGAGAUUGUCGACCCUCUAUACCCCGGCGGCAGCUUCGACCCACUUGGCUUGGCUGACGACCCCGAGGCAUUCGCGGAGCUCAAGGUUAAGGAGCUAAAAAACGGCCGCCUUGCCAUGUUCUCCAUGUUCGGCUUCUUCGUUCAGGCUAUCGUCACUGGCAAGGGCCCCCUCGAGAACCUCGCCGACCACCUCGCUGACCCUGUCAACAACAACGCAUGGGCGUUCGCCACCAACUUUGUUCCCGGAAAGUAAGGCAUCCACUACAGCCAUGCCUGUGAGCCACAGGUGUCGGGGAGACCAUGCACGAAGUGUGCCCAACUGGUUUCGUUUGUACUAUCAUGAUGUAAAUUACGAGGAUUGAUUCUAUGGAAACAUGUUACUAGAUUUGGAGGCUA